UUGAUUGAUUGUUCCUGCGCGCCCUGGGGGAGGGGAGGGGAAGGGGGAAGAGCACACAGAGAGACUCGCGCGUGGGUCCGCGCUCAUCAGACCAGGAUCGAAGGUAAGAGGAGAAGGACUGUAGACGAGGAUAGAGCCGAUAGAGCUGUGCGUAAAGGCGCGGGGGAGGCCAUGGAUCACGUCGGGAUCUUGGGGGCGCAUUUGCAGCAGCACGCGCACGCGGAGCCCAUCAGCUUCGGCAUCGACCAGAUCCUCAGCAGCGUGGAGCAGAGCUGCAUGUUGGGCGCGAGGAUGCACGAGCAAGACUACGGGCACCUGGCGUACAGCGCCGGCGGCGCGAACGGCGGCGGCUUCGCGUGCGCCAACGGCGGAUACGGCGGCGGCGGCGCGUGCGGGGUGACGUCCCUCGGUGGGACUUAUCACAUGAACAUGAGCGUGAACGUGAACGGGACGAACGGGAACUCCGCCGGAGUCAUCCGCGUCCCGGCUCAUCGGCCCCUUCAUAGCGGGAGCGCGACGGUUAACAACCUGAGCACACUGACGUUCCCGUGGAUGGAGAGCAACCGACGCUACACCAAAGAGCGGUUCACGGUGUCCCUCUCACCCCUCACUGUGACACGCCGUGUAGGUCACCCGUACCAAAACCGAACACCACCGAAGAAGAAAAAGCCCCGGACGUCUUUCACUCGGCUGCAGAUAUGCGAGCUGGAGAAGCGGUUCCACCGGCAGAAGUACCUGGCCUCCGCGGAGCGAGCCACGCUGGCGAAGACCCUGAAGAUGACCGACGCUCAGGUCAAAACCUGGUUCCAAAACAGACGAACGAAAUGGAGACGACAGACAGCUGAGGAGCGCGAGGCGGAGCGGCAGCAGGCCAACCGGAUCCUCAUGCAGCUGCAGCAAGAGGCCUUCCAGAAAACCAUCAACCAACCAGUAACGCCUGAUCCACUGUGCCUGCAGAACAGCUCUUUAUAUGCCUUGCAGAACCUUCAACCCUGGACUGACAACACUGCGAAGAUCAGCAGUGUUUCGACUUGCGAGUAAAAGCUUGCACGAGGCUUCCAUCUUGCCACUCGACCAAUAGAAAUUGACUGCCCUUUGGCAGAGAGACUGACUGUUGACUACUGGUCGCCUGCAAUGGAGCAGAACAUUGAGAGGCCCCAAGUGCUGCACCAUGUUCCACUAUUGAUGAUUAUCAGGUCAAGUCCAUGCACUUA